AAAUGAUUCUAAAGAAAACUUUAAAUAAAGGUCCUUAAAGUUUUAAAGUCCAUAUUAGAAGAUUGCCUCCUCUUUUAAGAGAAGAAGAAUUCUAUGCAACUAUUUAAGAAUUUAUGAAUGAUAUUGUGUUAAAAUAUUAUGUCAAAGGCAAAUUGAAGUAAUAUUACAAUCCAUAAUAAGAGAAUAAGAAAAAAUAGAUUCUAAAUGUUAUUUAUAUUUUAACAGUGAUUCUGCCAUGAAUAAAUUUAUUUAAGGCUAUAAAAAAGUAUUCUGUGAUGAAAAAGGCUUAUAUUAUUUACCAGAUAUAGGGAAGGCUUUACUAUAAAAUUAGUAGGAUCUUAUGAGAAAUAAACCUAAUCCUGUAGAAGGGGAAUAUUAGAAAUCAGAUUUAUAUAAGAAAUUUAUACAAUAAUAAGAAGAAGAACAAAUGUAAUUAUAAUUAGAAAAAGAAAAUCCUCAGCUUUAAUAAUUAAAAGAUGAACAAAUGAAUUUAGAAGAUAAACCAAAGAAAUUUGAAAAAGUUAAAACUCAUAUAAUUAUGGAAUUGGAGAAAGAAUAUUAAAAAAAGAAGGAGUUGAAAACUUAAAUAGAUAAUUUGACAACAACAAAAAAUAUUAUCAAAUUAAAAUGUGAAGAAGAUGGUAGAAUCAUUGAAAGAACUUUUGUAAUAAAAAUAAAUUAUUAAUUAUAGAUUUUUGUACCUAAGGCUAAAAAUUGAAUGUGAAUCAAAUUAAAACGAAU